AAAAAUCUUUUCUAAGUGUUAAUUCUCACAUCAUCUAGGUCCAGUUAUGAAGAAACAUAAGAUAUUACGUAAUAAAUGGAAAAAAAUUCGUCGUAAACUUCAAAGACAAAAAAAAGCAGUAAAACGAGAAGAAUUAUUUAAAAAACAAGAACAAAAUCGUUUAAAUUCUCCAACAUACCAAAAAUGGCUAAAAAGUCAAGAAGAGGUUGAGGAGUUUGAACGAAAUGAAAACGAACGGAUUGUUAUUAUACAAUAUAAUAAAUGGGUUGAACGAGAGCGUGAAGCUAUUGAAGAAUGGAAAUCUCUACAAAAUAAGUUGGAAAAAAUCAAACAAGAAAAAGCUCAAAAAGAAUUAUUAAUUAAACUAGAAUGGGAAAGAGAACAGAAGAAAAUUAAAGAAACAGAAGAAAAUAAAAAAAAAGAAGAAGAACUCAGAGAAGAAAAAAAUGCUAAAUUUAUUGAAGAAAUUGAAAUGUAUAUAAACAAUCUAGGUCCGCUUCCUGAAUCUAUUAAUGUUAGUACAAGUACAAGACCAGAUCAACCACUUUGUCCUUUUUUUUCAAAAGUUGCAGCUUGUCGCUUCCGUGAAAAUUGUUCCAGAAAUCAUGUUCGGCCAGGUAUUAGUAACACAUUGUUAAUUCCUGCUUUUUAUAAAAAUUUUGAAUUGAACAUGCGCUAUGAACGUGAAUUUGAUAUUGAUAUUAGUUUGGAAUGUGAUGAAAAAGAAGCAUAUGAAAAAUUUUAUGAAUUUUUUGAAGAUAUUUUAGUUGAACUAAGAAGUUAUGGACAGAUAAUCGAACUUAAUGUUUGUAGAAAUCAAGAAAUACAUCUAAUGGGCAAUGUUUAUGUCCAAUAUAGAAGUAGACGACAUUCUUUAAAAGCAUAUAGAAACUUGUGUGGUCGUUUCUAUGGUGGCCGCAAGAUAACUGCUGAAUUUUGUAAUAUUCCUUCAUGGUCUGAAGCGGUAUGUGGGUUAUUUUUUAGAAAAAUGUGUCCAAAAGGAAAAAAUUGUAAUUAUUUGCAUUUAUAUAAAAAUCCUGGGGGUAAAUAUCAAUCAAAACCUCAAAGAAAUCGAAAUGAAAACUCAAGUCAUAGAGAAAAUAAAAAUAUUUCUAUUAAAACAGAACGAGAACCACAGCUAAGAACAAGUAAAGAAAAAAUGAACAGUUCAAAAAGAGAGAAGAGAUCAAUAGAUAGCUCGUCUCAAAGAGAAAAAUUAAAUACACCAAAAUGGGAUAACACUCCAGAUCGACAAAAUAAAAGUUAUAGAUCACUUAACUGGGACAGUGAUGAUGAUUGAAUAAUUUUAUUUGAUCUGUUAAAAUCGACCAAUUUAAAGUCAUAUGAUAAUAAAAUUGUUGAUCUUACAUGUUUCAAAUUAGUAAAUUUUUGGUGGUCCAUUAAAAUCUUAUUGAAUUAUAUAACAAGUAAUUAAAUUAAAGAUUAUAAUAUAAUAUUUUACAUGUAAGUAUAUUAUAUUAUGUAAGUUAUGUAUUUAGUUUUUUAAAUAUAUAACAAAGUACCAAUAAUUUAAUCAAUUUAUUGUAAUAUGAAUAAAAAUUGUAUAUUUGUGGUUUUAGUUAUAAUCUUAAGUAAAUGAUUAAUAUUUGUUGUAUUAAAAUUCCAAAUAUCUAGUUAUGAUCUAAUAUGAUCAAAUUGACUGCCAUAUUUUUUGAUAAUAUUUAAAUAAUAUAAAACUACAUUUUUUUCAUUAGUUACCUUGUAAUAUAACAUGAAACUUAUGUUUUUUUUAAAGAAUAGAUUUAAAUAAAUUAUUUUUUAUUUAUAUAAGUAAAUCAUAUUUUGUAUUUCAAUAUAUUUUAUAUUUUAAUUAAAAUGGACGAAUAAAUAGUUUAGUAAAUAUUAACUAAACAAUUUUAUAUUAAUUAUGGAACUUAAAAAUCAUAAUGAU